UUUGAUAGAGACUUGCCUAGAUGAAUGAAUGAAUGGGUUUUAGUGAGAGAAAGCUCUCUGUAAUUUCUCUUUCAUGGUGGAUCUUGAUCUUGAUCUUGAUUUGAUUAUCAGUCUUGAACGAAGAAACUAAACAUGUCCACCAAAAAGAAAGAGCUCAUUUCCACUGUCAUGAAGAGGACUAGUGACUGGAUUUUUGCCCAAGAGAUUCCUAGUGAUGUUACUGUUCAUGCCGCAGGAGUUUCAUUCUCGUUACACAAGUUUCCAUUAGUUUCCAAAUGUGGAUACAUAAGAAAACUGAUUUCAGAAUCCUCCGACCAAUCCGAACUCGACCUCCCUGAAAUCCCCGGCGGAGCGGAAGCGUUCGAGCUCGCUGCGAAAUUCUGUUACGGCAUAAACUUCGAAAUCAGCACCGAGAACAUCGCCAUGCUCCGUUGCGUUUCGGAGUUUCUCGAGAUGACAGAGGAUUAUGCAGUCGGCAAUCUGGUUGGACGAACAGAGGCUUACUUAAACGAAGUAGCUCUUAAGAGCCUCGCCAGCGCUGUCUCAAUCCUGCAUUCGUCGGAAAGUUUGUUGCCGUUGGCGGAUGAGGUGAAAUUGAUGGGUAGGUGUAUAGAUACGAUUGCGUUUAUUGCUUGUAAAGACAAUCAAUUCAGUUCGCCAAAUAAGGCGGCGGAAACGACAGGGAUGGAUAAUCAACUCCGACCUGUCGUUGAUUGGUGGGCGGAAGAUUUGAUUGUUUUAAGGAUUGAUCUCUUUAGAAGGGUAAUCAUUGCUAUGAUAUCUAGAGGGUUCAAACAAUACGCACUUGGUCCAAUUCUCAUGCUUUACGCCCAACAGUCUCUCCGAGGAUUGGAAUUCGGGAAAGCAAGGAAGAAGAUAGAACCAAAACAAGAACAUGAAAAAAGGGUAGUUCUUGAAACCAUAGUAAGUCUCCUUCCAAAAGAGAGAAAUGCAAUGUCGGUUAGUUUCUUAUCAAUGCUACUCCGGGCAGCGAUUCAUUUAGAGACGACGGUUGCAUGUAGGCUGGAUUUGGAGAAGAGAAUGGGAAUGCAAAUGGGUCAAGCUGUCUUAGACGAUCUUCUAAUCCCUUCAUUAACAUUCGUAGGUGACACCCUCUUCGAUGUGGACACGAUUCAGAGAAUCAUGACGAAUUAUCUUGAAUUUGAAAUGGGUAGUAACCGUUUAGGUGGAGAAGAUGAAUACUCAUCUCCUCGAUUAAGUGAUAUGGAGAAAGUGGGAAAGUUAAUGGAAAGCUAUCUUGCAGAAAUCGCAUCUGAUAGAAACUUACCAGUACAGAAAUUCAUUUCCAUGGCUGAACUUAUUCCAGAACAAUUGAGGAUAACUGAAGAUGGCAUGUACAGAGCUAUAGAUAUUUACUUAAAGGCUCAUCCGGGAUUAAGUGAGAUUGAAAGGAAGAAAGUAUGCGGAGUGAUGGACUGCCAGAAGUUAUCGAGGGAGGCUUGCGCUCACGCCGCCCAAAACGAGAGACUUCCCGUUCAGACAGUAGUUCAAGUUCUUUACUACGAACAGCAACGGCUCAGAGAUGUAAUGAACAACGGCGGCGGUGGAGGGCAAUCACUUACAGUGGCUGCUAAUCCUCCUCCUCCUACUCGUGCUGUGUCGGAAGAGCUUACGAAUUUGAAAAGGGAAAACCAGGAUUUGAAAUUUGAGCUGGUGAAGAUGAAGAUGAGGUUGAAGGAAUUGGAGAAGGUGAAUGAUAAUAGGUCAGGAAUGAGUAGUCCGUCGGCGGGGAGUACAAUGUCGACGGCGGAUAAGCCUCCAUUGCCUCCUAAGAAAUCAUUUAUAAGCUCUGUUUCGAAGAGAUUGGGUAGACUUGUUCGGGCUGAUGGGAUUGGAGGUGGUAAAGGUAGGAAUAAGCCUGCUCGUGAUCGGCGACAUUCUAUAUCUUGAUUCUUGAUCAACUAGAAUCAGAAAUUGGAUGCUUCUAAAUUUCCAUGGUUUGAAAUGUUACUUUGUUUUUGAGGUUUGAUAUAUAUAUAGGUUGGUGUAAAUUAUGAUGGA